CUUUAUUCGAUAGCAACACAUUUGCAAGUUGCGUGAUUGUCACGCUACUUCGAAAACUGAUGCUUUAAGCCACACACACUAAUGGCUAGCUUUAAUGUGCAUGGACCAAGUUUGUUGGGUAUUCAAGGCCAAGAGGUGGACCAGUCUCAACCAUUGAUGCUACAACGUUUGAAUGAUACACAUCCAUCUAGUACCAGUGGUGGUGAUGACUGGCCGGAAGAGACCUAUCAAAAGAUAAAGGCCCUCAAGGAGAAGUAUGGACUUGUUCUGAGUACAUUUUACAAAUCAAUAUCUGAUAAAUUGCGGGAGAUUGAUUCUCUUCCUCAGCAUAACAUGCCGGUUGAAUGGCUAAAGGCGAGCAAAGCGACGUUGGAAGGAGUUCUUGCGUUCUUAAAUGUCUGUAAGAGCAGUGUAUCAGAGUUUCACAGAGAUAAGCUUAGUCUCUAUGAGGCAAAGUUACUGAGGUUCAUUGAGUAUCAUCACCUGAACGUGACUCGGAGGGCAAUGAAGCGGCAGCAACAAGUUCAUCUCCCUCCUUCUCAUACCCAUCAAACAAGGCCUAGGAUGGAACCAGAAGAUGAGAACAACACUAUGUCCACAGCAGCUCAGGAGCAUCUUCCACCAGAGCCAAUCACAGAGCGGCCUAUUGAUCGUCUGAUAAAAGCGUUUCAAUCAGGAUCACCUGAAUCUUUGGCACAGUCAGUAAGUGAGAUGAGUUCGGUCAUCAGUUUGAGUGACAUGAUUGCUGGUUUGGUCCACACCAUUGGAGGAUCUAGAGCUCGUUUAGGGGAGGAUUUGAGUGAGAGGACAAGGUUCCGUGUGCAACAAGGAGAUAGACAUCCUACCAAGAGAUUCAAGCGCUCAGUUACUGCUAUAUCUUCCUCCAAGGUUAACAAGAUUGAGCCUAGUUAUGCUCUCUUGCAAGAAAUCAUUGAAAUAAAUGAGAGACUUGUGGAGACAGUAGUGAGUAUAUGCAAUGAAGAUGUUUGUCCAAGUAAAGUUACUUCAGGAACAGUCGUCGUCACGUGUGCUUAUGUCCCUGUGGCUCUCAGUGCCACAUUCAAAGCUCUUUACAAUUCAGGACAUCUCUCACAGAUUCAGCCGUUGCGCUUACUAGUUCCUGAGAAUUAUCCAUAUUCCCCAACAAUUCUAGAGAAAGUCAUCUUUGAUACCGCCAGUGUACACAAGUAUGAGGAUUUAUCCGCGAGAGCUAGAUCGAGGUUUAGUUUGUCUAUGAAGGAAGCAAUGUCACUUAAAGAAAUAGCUAAAGUUUGGGAUGAGUGCGGGAGAGCUACAAUGCUUGAGUACGCUGAGGGGCAUGGUGGAGGCACUUUCAGCUCCAAGUACGGUCGUUGGGAGUCUGUUCUAAGAGCUUCAUGAGUCCUAUAUACUUCUUCUCUCACUUACCGACCCGGAUAAGGUCUAGGAUUUUGUACAGAGGU